GCACUUGCCGGCUUCUUUUGACAGCUUUGGCCAAGUGAGAAGGGAGGGGAGCAGGAGGUGUCGCGAGAGUAGGCCUCCGCCUCGUAGGCGGUGUAACUAUGGCGAGUCCGGGGAUCGACACCGAGCAGGAGCCGCUCUUAGGCGACCGCACACCCGGAAGCAGAGAAUGGGAUAUUAUAGAAACUGAAGAGCAUUAUAAGAGCCGAUGGAUAUCUAUUAGGAUUCUGUAUCUUACUAUGUUUUUCAGCAGUGUAGGAUUUUCUAUUGUGAUAAUGUCAAUAUGGCCAUAUCUCCAAAAGAUUGAUCAGACAGCUGAUGCAAGUUUUUUGGGCUGGGUUAUUGCUUCAUUUAGUCUUGGCCAAAUGGUAGCUUCACCUGUAUUUGGUUUGUGGUCUAAUUAUAGACCAAGAAAAGAACCUCUUAUUGUCUCCAUCUUCAUUUCGGUCGUGGCUAACUGCCUCUAUGCAUAUGUCCACGUUCCAGCUUCUCAUAAUAAAUACUACAUGUUGGUUGCUCGUGGAUUGGUGGGAUUUGGAGCAGGUAAUAUGUAUGUAUGUAUGUAUGUGUUUGGCUGUUCAGAUUCACAUUCACCCUGAAUUCACCCUCUCUCAUCUGGUAUCACCUCGUCUCAAUCUCAUAUCUCACAACUCAACAUAUAGAUUUCUCAUUGCAAAUAGACAAAUAUCUUUCCUAUGAUUUUCGCCUUUGUUCAUGAUAUUCCUGUUACCUAUAGUUUCUCUAUUCUGUUCCCAUC